AUGACUCCUCAAAAACUUGAACUUCUGAAAGCACAGCUGCAGACUGAGUUGGAGUACCCCAUAAGAGAACGCUUCCGUAAACUAGAUGAGGAAGUGGAAAAGUACAGAUCUGAAUAUAAUAAACUUCGUUACGAAUACACUUUCCUAAAAUCUGAAUUUGAACAUCAGAAGGAAGAACAUGCACGUGUGCUGGAAGAAAACAAGAUAAAGUAUGAAGCUGAGAUUACACGGCUGGAGAAGGACAAGGAAAUUCUGCACGAGCAAAUGAUUAGUGUUGAUCCCACAAGAGACAGUAAAAGAGUCGAGGCCCUACUGAGAGAAAAAGCACAAUUGCACCAAAGGCUGAAGGGACUGGAAGCUGAAGUAGCUGAACUGAGGGCUGAGAGGGAAAAUGCUGGCUUGCAAGCAGAAAAUGUCCAGAGAAUACAGAUACGUCAGCUGUCUGAAUCUCAAACAGCCAUCAAAUCUCUGGAGGCAGAGAAGCAAUCAAUGAAACUUCAGUUGGAACGUUUGGAAAAUGAACUUCAGCUUGCUAAUGAACAGAAUACAUUGUUAAUCAGCAAAUUCCACAAAUCUGAGCGUGAAGUAAAUUCCUUAACAAGCAAGGUUGAAGAACUUAAGCAUGCACAUAAAUUGGAAGUAACAAAUAUAAAGUUGGAAGCAGCAAAAGUAAAAGCAGAAGCCGAAAGAGCACGAGAUCUCAUCAAGAGUCAGAUGGAUGAACUGCAAUCUGACAAUUACAUUUUGAGAGCAACAGUUGAAAGAAAUAAAGAUAUCCUUGCAGAAAAAGAACGCGAGUUAGUUCGUAAAAUCCAAGCAGCAAAGGAGGAAGACUUUCAGAAAAUAGCAGCACUACAGGAUGAAAAGAUGGAACUUGAGAAUCGUGUGGCUGAACUGGAGAAGCUCAAAUCAGACCAUGAGGCUGCAAUAAGAUCUGAAAAGGAGAAAUGGGAAGAAAAGUUGAACACUGUACAAUUAGCUGAAGAGUCCCUCAGGAGGGAGCUUCAAAACUACAGAAUGAAGCUACAGCAACAAGCACUUCAUGUAGAAGAGAUGGAGAAGGAAAGAAGUGAUGGUGCAGAUAUGAAACAGCAAAUUCAUGAACUGCAAAUCCAGAUUAGCACAGUGUCACAAUCAGAACAUGAAUUAAUAGAGGCCAAUCAAAAACUGAGAGAGAUGCUGGAACGACUGAAAGAAGAAGUACGAAAUGCAAGAAGACAAGCAGAGAAGACACAACAAGAUGCUGAAAAGUCUGUAGAGGACAGUCGAAUAGAAUGGCUGGAAGAAAAGCACAAACUCCAUCAGCGUCUAACAGAAGUGGAGGAGAAGUAUAGUCAAGCUAAAGAUAAACUUCUCCGUGCAGCCAAUGCGCAGAAGAAGAGAAAAACCUUACAUGAAAAUAAGCAGAAAAGACUGCUGGAGAAAAUACAGCUUCUUGAAGCAAAGAAAGAAGAAUUAGAAAUAGAAAAGAGUGCACUCAAUAAAAGAAACAUUUCAGUGGAAGAGUAUAAUAAUCUUAAGAAGAGGCAUAAGGAUUUACAACGCAGGCAAAACGAGUUUCGACAUUUGAUUUUAAGAUCCAAUUUGUCAACCACAGGGUUAAAUAAUCCAGCUAGCUUCCUUUCAUCUACACUAGUGCCAGGAGCUGACUUGGCAUUUACAAACAUUCAAGAGGAACAACAUCAAAGAGAACUAUCUAUUGUCCGUAAAAGACUUGAGGAACUAGAAACUACCCAAAGGCAACAAUUACAGGAACUUUGUCCUGAAGAACACAGACAAGAGCUAUCUACCCAAACAGCGUCUGGAAGUGCCAAUAAGGAGGAAGAUGCAACUGAGUAAAGCUGUUGCUUUCGGAUUCACUUCUAAUUUGCCAUAUAUUUUUAAGAGUAUGCUAUAGCUGGUUAUAAUGUUGACAGGGUUUUUUCCAUCAGCACUAUGAAUACACAACAAACAGAAUAUAAAUUUAAAACUUUCACUUCAAUUUUUAUUUGUUGGACAUUCAGUUUGAUACAAAGACAUAACUUUUUUCUAAAUAAAUUUUUAUCUACAUAAUUUAUGAUUGUACACAUUUUUGAUCUACAAUUUAAUGCAGCAUUUUUACUUUGUGGACUCAUUAAAUAAUAUAAGUUCA